GUCGAAGUGGUCGGGGCUCCUGUCGAACCGUCGCCCGAAUUCGUCAACUUCGGGUUGGACGACCUUGCCGCAGCCGCCGCCGUCGGAGUUCCAAAAGAACGAGUUCUCGACGUCGCUCCGUCCGAAUCGAGUGACGGGGUCGCAGAGGGUGUACACCGCCACCGACACCGUCGUAGCCGACGACGACGACGAGACGGCCAAUUUUCCUGUAGAGUUUCUCAACACUCUGGAAGCGGACAACUUGCCGCCGUAUAGGUUGACUCUGAAGGUGGGCGCGAUCGUCAUGUUGCUGAAGAACCUGGACACGGCCAGACGACUGUGCAACGGCACCAGACUGGUAAUUACUGAGCUCAGGCAACAUAAUUUUAAAGCUAAACUGUUGACAGAUCUCGACGCCGAGGAGACAGUCGUUCCGAUCGUUCAGACGAGGACGUCCGGGGACGGCGACAUUUCGUGCCGCAUGUGCCGUAACCAGUUUCCCGUGAGGCUCUGCUACGCCAUGACCGUCAACAAGUCGCAGGGGCAGGCGUUCGAUCGUGUCGGCCUGUCGCUGACGGUACAGCCGUUCGCCCACGGACAGCUGUACGUGGCGUUUUCGAGGGUGCGCAACCAGAAUUCCAUCAGGGUGUACACUUUGUCGGUCGUGGACGGACAGUGCGUUGUGAAAAACGUCGUGACCAGGGAAGUAUUAGAAUGAUUUUGAUGUAAAUCAUGUUUAAUGGCGACAUUGAACGCGAUCCCGCGGUACAGCUGGUAAUCGAGUGUUUUGAACGGAUUAAGUGGUGUAAUCCGGGCAAAAUGCUCGAUUUUGACGGGCGUGACUUGAACGUUUAUGCGAAUAUUCUGUCUGUGUCCCCGUGUGUCCCUCGAAACGGCUGUUUUCCCGUGCUGUGUAAUUGCCAUUUGAACCCCAAAUGGCAUCUGUACGGGCGGGGAAAUUUCCGUUUUGUGCGGAGAGAUUGUAUGACAACCUUCACGUGGUUCUCUCUGAAUGCAAAUCCGUUAAAUGUUCGUGGCAUAAAAUAUCACAAUAAUAGUAAUAUAAAUUUUUUAAAUAUUUGCAUUACAAGUCGAUAUGACAGUCACUUUUUGCCGUACGGAUUCGUAACUAAUGUCGUGCGUUAUAAUUAAAAUUUAUUUGCAUAUUAUAGUUUAUUUGUUUGAUUAACAUUCGAUUUCUUUUCCAGAACUUAAACGAAUUACACACAAAUGACUCGGAGGACGUUGGUAACACAACGAACGUUUCGACAAAAUAAUAUCAACUUAUACGGGACCGACAUGAAAUUCCUGGAAAUUAUCAUACACGGCAACUUAUUUUCUACGCUUCAUUAGAAAUUAUUAUCGACCAUUUGUGAUACAUAUUUUUAUAUUGUUUGAUAUACGCAUACAUUAUCUAUUAUAUAUCUUUUUACUUAAAGAGUUCAAAUGUAAUAUAACAUUUUCAUG